AUGUUACCCAGAUCGCAAAGAUUGAAGGGGCGCACGGGACGUCUCGACAACAAUGAUUACGAAGGCCGGCCCAGCACCUUCAGUACCCCGGUCACGGAGAGUGGAUGUUCUCAAGUCAUGAAAGAUGAAGUAAGAUGGGAAAAUGCAGGCACCGAGAUCGUCAAAUUGAUCGUUGGCAGGAAACGGAAAGAGUUCAGCAUUCACAAAAACUUUAUUUGCCAAGCCUCGGAGGCGAUGAAGGCCGCAUUUUGUGGAGAAUUCGAGGAAGGAAGAUCGGGUGUGAUAACUUUGGCGGAAGAUGAUCCUCUGGUUGUCCAAACCUUUAUUGCAUAUUGUUACCCCAACUUCAAUGGCGAAACCUUGAGGAAACUUGAGGUGGUGGAUCUGAUCGGCCUGUACAUCUUUGCAGAUAAAUAUCGAUGCAUAAAUCGCCUCAAGAAUCUUGUCAUGGACUCGAUUCAAGAUAAGAUGUUGGUUGAAGAUUUCACCUUCAAUGCAGAGGGUUUGGAGCGCAUUUUCAACAACACUACCUCUAGCCAUGAGGCUCCGAUUCGAUUAUACGCAGCCGCACUUGUUGCAUACACCUUACAUAUAUCACCCGAUGACUCUUGGGUCAGCUAUGUUCACCAUGUCCUGCUGGACACACCUGAUCUUCAAAUCGAAUACCUAAGUACCAGCGUCAGGUCUCUCUGA